AUGGAUAAAUUUUUAUUAAGUUCACCAACUCAAUUAGCACAACAAUAUGAUGAAUCUACUUUAAAUUUUGAUAUUUAUGAUCAAACUGUAAAUUUACAACAUAAUCAAUAUCAACAACAAUUUAUAAAUAAUAAUAAUAGUAUUAAUAAUACACACUUUAAUAGUCAUAAUAAUAAUCAAUUUGGUGGUAAUUUGAAUCGAAAUGAUGAUUUAAUUGCAUUGACUUUGAAUAAUAGUCAAAAUUUCAAUUCCCAAAAUCAACUACAACAACACGAACAACAACAACAACAACAACAACAAUCAACACAACAGAUACCACCGUUAUAUUCACAAAAUAUAAAUUUACAAGAAAAACAAAAUUAUUAUACCUCUGGAGGAAAUAAUAAUAACAAUAAACAAAUCUACAAUAAUAAUGAUACACCCAUGCUUGAAAAUGAAGUAGUACCGAUUUCUACAAAUUUACCAGAUAAUAAAUUUUUCAUAACUGAUGAUUCAGGUUUAGGAAUUAAUGUACUUGAUACUUCAAAUAUGGAUAGUACCAAUUUAAAAUUCAAUCAUUCAAGAAAUAUUUCAUUAGAUGAAACUAUGUCAAAUUUUAAUCAUUCAAACUAUCGACAAAAUAAAUAUAAUCAUCAACAUAAUCAUUCAAUUGUAUCUAUAAACCAAGAUGCUCCAAUUAAUGAUGGUUCAAAUCUUAUACCCAAUUCAUUUUCAUCUAAUACAAUUUAUUCAUUAGAUUCUAUACCAUCAUUUGAAUCUCCAAAUCAACAAUAUCAACAGCAAAUUCAAAAUUCUUUGCCGUAUCAACAACAACAGCAAUACCAACAAAACCAGACGUAUCAACAGCAGCAUCAUCAUCAACAACAGCAUAGUUUCACUUCUACACCUAGAAGAGCAGGAAGAAAUAAAUCUAUGUCGGUAUCAUCAUACAACACACCAAUGAGAAAUUGUGCACCAUCAUUUUCACCUAUUAAUUUAGCAACUACUGCAUUCAAUAAAGUUUCCAAAACACCAGCAAAAUUAACAAAAGGUCAUGCAAGAUCAAGAUCAAAAGUUUCAUUAGAUGCAGCGGCUGCGGCAUUAGCUUCUAAAACAAAUUCUGCACUGUCAUAUAACUCAUCAGCAUUAAAUCCAUUUUAUACUCCAUCACAAUUGAUUUCUUCAUUUGAUGAUGAAAAUGAAGAUGAUGUUAAUUCAACACCAUUAUUAACACCAGGUUCAUAUAAAUUAAAAUCUUCACAAUCAACUUUUUUCAGUCCUUAUAAACAAAACACUGAUAAUUCAUAUUUAAACCCUAAUAAUAUAGAUAAUCAAGAAAAUGAUGCAGUUAAACAACUAAAAAAGGCUAAAUCUUAUUCAAAUUUAUUUAGAAAACAGAAAAAGGAACAACAAUUACAACAGCAACAACAACAACAACAAUUUACAAUGCAAAGACCACAACCUGUAAAUAGUUUUAGUGAAGCCUCAAUUAGUGGGAUGUUAUCACGACCAGCUCCUAAGAUAGAUUUAUUACUGCCUGAGUUUAAGCAAGAAUUAGACUCUACUACUUUCGAAAAUGAUGAUAAACUGAUUCAAACAUUUAAUCCAUCAAUUACAUCGCCUUUCAAUAACUAUGUAACUCAAAAUAAUUCCAAAAAAUCAUUUUCAAAUAGUGUUGAAUAUUCACAAAUUUCUUUGAAUCUAGAUAAUUCAAUUGAAUUUGAUCAACAGCAACAGGAUGAUGAAUAUGAUCAAGAGCAACAAACUGAUCAUCAUACUGAAUUUACUUCAUCAACUUCCACUUCAAACACAACUCCAAGUUUAUUACCACCAAUGGUUACUUUCUCAACUAAAGAUCAUCGUCAAACUCAACCAGCACAAGAAGAAGAAAUUAAAAAGGAAUCAAUAUCAUCUAAACCCAAAUCAAAACCCACAAAAUCAAAACGUAAAUCACCAAAAUCUAAAACACAAGAUUCAGAAGAAGAAAAAUCAAAUACAUCUCUCCAAUCCUCAGAAGAAUCUACUACAACCACAACAACAACAGCAAAUGAAGACGACACAGUAACGAUCCCGAUCCCAGAAAACUUGAAUGUAACAAGACCAAAAGUUCGUAAUAAUAGAUCAGAUAAAGAACAUAAUAAAACUGAUCCAAAAAAGAAACAUAAAUGUCCUAUAUGUGAAUCAAGAUUUCAAAGACCUGAACACGUCAAGAGACAUUUAAAAUCUCAUUCACUGGAAAAACCUUUCCAAUGUGAAGAAAUUAAUUGUGGGAAAUGUUUUAAUAGGAAAGAUAAUUUAAAGGCUCAUUUAAAAAAAAUUCAUGGGAAAUUGAAUGUUUAG